AUAAAAUCGGAAGGAAUUUCCUCAAAAAGUAUCAGAAAUAUUCAGUUUGUCAAAAAAGAAAGUUUAAGAGUUAAAAAUGAAGUUCUUAAUAAGUUUCAUACUUCUAGGAUUAUCAGGCAGAGCACUAGGUGGUGGUUAUACAGAUUGCGGGGCUCUACAUGCUAAUUACUUAGUCUUGCUUCAGGCUUCUCAGUACUUAUUAAAUGAAACAUUGAUUUUUGUGAACAGCACGGUGCAUUCAUAUCCAUACGUUGGAAACAGCUACAUUGGAAAUUUGGAAUGUAAUCUUGAUGUAAGUAUCCAAACAAUGGUUAUGGGAACAAGUCAGCUAUCAGGAAUAAGUCCUGAUUAUAUCUUUGGGAUUUUUAAUGGAACCAUCAAUCCACCAUUUGUAUCUCCACUUGAUUGUAUUCGAUUUGAAUUAUUGUCAUUCAACACGUAUGUCCAAAACCUUACUGAAAAUGUUAUUCCUGAAAUGAAAACACAUGUGAUUCGUUCUCCAAUCAACGAAAGCACUCCAUGUCCAACUGUUGUACAAAUACAAAGUCAAUACUUUGCUAAUGCUGCUACAAUUGUAACUAGUGGAAUUAAUGUUGCAACAAUUGCUUCAGCCGCUUUUGCAAGCGUUGGAUUGUCAAGCUUAUUCUUGAACCUUAUUGAUUCAUCAAAAAUAUGUACUUUCAAGAUCACGGCAGAUAGUUAUGUUGAAUUUUACAAUGUUAACUCAACUAUCGUUGAUGCUUUCAUUGCAAAUCAAUCAACUCCUCUUCCAGCACCGAUAAGCUGUGUCAGAGGUAUACUUAUAUCACAAAUCGAAAGCAUUAACUCUACAUAUAAUAAUAUCAACAACAGUAUUGCUAACCCGAGUAUACCAUCAAGAUGUGAACCAUUCUAUAGUGAUUUUAGGGCUUUUAAGAUCAAGUGGUUCCAAUACAUUGAUCAACUUCGUUUUAAUACUAUAAACAUUUCUGUUGAAAAUCCUGUGCUGACUCCAUUCUUCAUUGCUGAUCUCAUUUGUGAAUUGGAUGUAAUGAUUAUGUUUGCCGCUAAUGCAACAAGCUUUUUAUCUGGUGUCGAUCCUGAAAUAGUUUAUGCGAUUUUAAAUGGAGAAACUGUUAACCCACUUCCAGCGCCUUUAGAUUGUGUUGAAACUGAUUUGAUCUACAUGAAGAAUGAAAUUGCAUUUUUGGUCAAUAAUGUAAUUCCUGGGUAUGGAAACUUUGCAAUCAAUUCUACAAGUGACACUUCGACAUGUAAUACUACAUACACAGCACUUACAGGCUAUGUUGUACAAUUGGUAGACUUAUUGAACAUGAAAGGAUUCUUUGUAACUUCUGCAACUGCUCUUUUCACAUCCACAAAUCUGAGUGAUUUGUUCCUUGAAUCAUUUACAUCAAUCAUUGAUUGCAUUCCAGACUUAGUAGCCAAAUAUGUAGGUGCAGCCCUAAAUGCUGAUGGAUCUGCAGUCAAAUCUUAUGUUAAUGGCAAUCGCAAAUCACUUCCAUAUCCAUUUAGUUGUGCUGAAAUUUUGAUUGACAUCACCAAUAGUUUAAUGAAUCAAGCAUUGGUUAACUAUGUCACUGAAUCUCCAAACAAUUUGGUUUUACCAAAUAUUCCAAAAUUCAGAGGAUAGACAAACAAAGGCAGUAGAAUUAAGAUUCCUUUUAUACACUUUUAUUUAUCAGAACUUAUCAAAUAAAAUAUCAAUAAAGAUUUAAUCAUCCAUUAAUUUUGUUGACUUGAUAAUUUGAGCAUUUAGGAAAGUCCUUUGGUGGCUUUACCAUCUGAUUGAUUUCUCCGACUUGUACAAUCAAUGACAUUCCCUAAAAUCAAAAUAUUAGCAUUACUUGCAAUGAAAUUAAGCAUAUCCAACUUACAGUUUCUAAAUGCCAAUCAAAGUGACAGUGGAACAACCAAAAUCCGGGAUUAUCAGCACGAAAUCGUAGUCGAACAUAUCCAGGAUAUGGAAGUAUGCAUGUGUCUUUAUAUGGUGGUCUACUAUGUGUUUCAUUUGGAAUGCCACCGUUUUUAACCCAACCAGGAAUUGGCUUUUUAUCAUAGACUCCCAUAUCAACAAUAUGAAAUUUAUGACCAUGUAAAUGGAUGGGAUGAGGUAUUUGGUCAUCAACAUUUACAACAAUGAAUUCAACAAUUGAAUUAAGGUCAACUUUAAGUCGAUGUAUACAUCUGCAUGCUGUCACAUUUCCAAAUCCAUUAUCUGUGCAGAAUUUUCCUACUGUACUGUUCUCAUUACAGAACAUUGUCUCAUCAAUCAUGUCAGGUUGUGUGAGUAAAGGAAAUGAAGGAUAAAGCAAGCUGAUAUUAUUAAAUGUGCCAAUGUUAUUAAAAUUAACCUUUGUUGUUUCAUCUGGUUAAGUAUUAGAGUUUAAUUAAUAAGUGUACAUGGAUGUCGCUUUUUAAUUGAUAAACUUACAGCUCAUUCGAUAAUGUGUUUUAUUUGAGUAUAAAGCAUCGUCACUAAAUGUUGGUGAAUCGAGGAAUAAAUAAUACUUAUGGUCAGGUUCACCUUUAAUAAUGCUGUCAUCAUACUCGUAAGCAUUGAGUUUUAGAAACGGGAUGUCCUUGACUUUUGGUUUAGGUGAAUUGAAAAUUUUCUGUUUCAAAAACACUUUUGAUUCUCUCGGUGGAUCUUUGUCAACAAACUCUACACUGCUACCUGAUUUGUUUCCAUAUCUCAGUACAGCAAAACCUUCAGUUAUGAUCCGACAAGGCAGCAUAGUUUGAGGUCUAAUCCAAUAGUCUCCUGGAGUUUUAUUCGCAUUUAUAACAAAGUCAAACCUCUCACCAGUCAGUGAAUAUAGAGUAUCAAUAGUAAAUGGCUCAACAUAGCUUAAUUCUGUUGCAAUAAUAGACAUUUCAUGAUGUUCAACUUGCAGCAGGAAGGGACAAACAUUGAAGCCAGAAUUAAUGAAUCGAAAUCGAUACUUUUUGUUUGGUUCUACGUGAUAAAUUGUGAGCGGUGCCAAUUGAUAUGUUUUCGAUGUUUGCUGUGGGAUAUUCAAUUAUGAUUACUGAUUCCACAUUAAUAAAAUUAAUAUUUAUACAUUGAAGAACCUUCCAUGUCCAUUAAUUAGUAUACUUUGUGUAAGUUGUGAACGUGACACAAUUCCGGGGAAAUCAUCUUCAGCGAGAUGAUGCAUCCAGUCUGAUACGAUUAUUAUAUGUUCGGGUAGGUCAUAGUCAUACAAAUGUCUAUUUGGAUUUGUGUUAUCAGGUGCUCGCACAACAAGAGCACCGAAAAUUCCAUUUGCUUUUUGAUGUCCACUAUGACUAUGAUAAAAAUGAGUUCCUUCAUCAUCUGCUGUAAAUGCAUACCUAAAUUUAUUGCCAUAUGGAAUCGGGCACUAGAAAUAAUCAAGUUUAAUAUGUCAAUGUCAAAUUUACAGCUUCAAUUACAAACCUGAGUAAGAUAAGGAGUUCCAUCAAAGUAUUGAGUGCCCAAAAUAUGUCUCAUGCCAUGCCAAUGAAUACUUGUUGCUGUCCCUUCUGCAUCAUUAGUCAAAUCUACCAUAAUCACAUCAUCUUUACAAACAUGAAUAGCAGGUGCAGGCAGUUCGUGAUUCACACUCAAAAAACCACGGCCUAUACCAUCAGCCAUUAUACAUUUGGAAUGAAAGCAAUGUGAUAAGUCACCGUUUGUACAGUUUUGGCAUGCUCUAUUAUAAAG